CCAGGUCGACAGCUACUCUCUCUCUCUCUCUCUCUCUCUCUCUCUGUUCCAUUGCCUUCACUUUUGGCUGGGAAAUGGGAUGCUUUCGCCACAGCAAAAAACAGAGGAAAAAAUUCGAGAUCAAUUCACCCAUUUCUUCAGUCAAAGUAGAAGCGGAUUUGAAGGUAGAAACACGGGAAGAAGUAAAAGAGCAGACUCGUGAAAAUGACCAGCUGGCGUCAAAUAUAAACAGAGAGGUUUCCGGUAAAGUAAAAACGAACGAAGAGAUAGAAAAAUUUACCUUCCACGAACUUGUAGAAGCAACGAGAAAUUUCAAGUCAGAUUGCUUUCUGGGUGAAGGAGGCUUCGGUAAAGUUUACAAGGGUCAUUUGAUAAGAAUCGACCAGGUUGUAGCUAUAAAACAACUCGACCGGAAUGGGCUUCAAGGGGUAAGAGAAUUCGUGGUGGAAGUAUUGACAUUAAGUUUGGCCGAUCACCCAAAUCUUGUAAAAUUGUUAGGAUAUUGCGCAGAACGAGAUGAACGACUUUUGGUUUAUGAGUUCAUGCCAUUAGGCUCAUUGGACAAACAUUUACACGAUCUUCCACCUGGCAAAAAUGUGCUUGAUUGGAAUACGAGAAUGAAGAUAGCCGUGGGCGCAGCGAGAGGGUUGGAGUAUUUGCACAACAAAAUGAGGCCAGCAGUUAUAUAUAGAGAUCUAAAAUGCUCGAACAUUUUGCUGGGAGAAGGGUAUUGGCCAAAGCUCUCGGAUUUUGGGUUAGCCAAAGUGGGUCCAAGUGGAGAUAACACCCACGUUUCUACUAGAGUCAUGGGAACCUAUGGAUAUUGUGCUCCUGAUUACGCAAUGACAGGCCAAUUGACAUUCAAAUGCGAUAUCUAUAGCUUUGGAGUUGUUCUCUUGGAGCUCAUCACGGGAAGGAAAGUCAUCGACUAUACAAGACCUCCGAAGGAACUGAGUUUGGUGACAUGGGCAAAACCAUUAUUCCGAGAUCGAAAGAGGUUCUUAACAAUGGUGGACCCGAGGCUCGAUGGUCAAUUUCCUGUAAGAGGAUUGUAUCAAGCUCUUGCCAUUGCAGCCAUGUGUGUGCAGGAGCAACCAACUCAGAGGCCAGUGAUUUCAGAAGUGGUCUCCGCUUUAGAUUUUCUUGCUUCUCAAAAAUUUACUCAAAAAAGGGGUUAGUUUGGGAUCAAAUACACAAUUUUAAUAUAUUUUAAUUAUGUAACUCAAGGAUUGAUUUUGGGGGUAGGAUAGGGUUUGAGAGA